CGUCCGUCAUUCGUUCGACACAGUCAGUCUUUUCGGUUUUUCAUUGCAGCACGGAGGGUGUACGGCAUCCCGCGUGUGUUGCCGGGAGUGAGAAAAAUUUUUGGUGUCCGUAAAAUUCAAAUUCUAGUGUGCCGUAAACGAUAGUGACCGCAAUCGGUGCGGAAAUUCGUGUCCGGUGCCCUCGAAACGCGGUCCGGUAGUGCGUGUAGGAAGUGAAGAACGAGUGCCCACUGCGGCGUGUUUUUUUGAGUGGUUGGCCAUUGUUGGAAGGAAGCAGAAAAGCUCCUUGGAAUUUCGAUUUGAUUGGAACAACAGCAGGAGGCACGAGGCAAAUCAACAAGCAAAAUGGAUAAUGCUAAAAUUUGCGAACUGCUUCGGGCCACCAUCGACCCGAACCAGCGGCUGCAGGCGGAAGAACAACUGAAUCAGGUUCACAAAAUUAUCGGUUUCCUGCCGAGCCUACUGCAGGUGGUCAUGCAGAACGAUGUCGACAGUCCGGUCCGCCAGGCAGGAGCCAUCUACCUAAAAAAUCUGGUAACCAGCAGCUGGCAAGAUCGAGAGGCAGAACCCGGCGUUCCACUUCCGUUCUCCAUCCAUGAACAAGAUCGCGCCAUGAUCCGCGAUACGAUUGUAGAGGCGAUCGUUCUCGCUCCGGAUAUAAUCCGUGUACAGCUGUGUGUCUGUAUCUACAACAUCAUUAAGAACGAUUUCCCCGGCCGGUGGACGCAGGUGGUAGACAAAAUUAAUAUUUACCUGCAGAAUCGGGAUGUGAACGGAUGGAACGGAGCCCUGAUGUGUAUGUACCAACUAGUAAAGAAUUACGAAUAUAAAAAAUCCGCCGAUCGAGCUCCGUUAACUGAAGCGAUGAAUCUGCUGCUCCCACAGAUGUACAAUCUUAUGAUGAACGUCAUAAAUGAUCCAUCAGAACAGAGCGUUCUGAUGCAGAAACUCAUCCUCAAGAUCUUCUACGCCCUUACACAGUACGCUUUGCCGCAAGAAGUAAUCACUAGAGAAAUAUUCUCAAACUGGAUGGAAAUCUGCCGCCAAAUUCUGGAUCGCGCGGCUCCCGAUUCUUCUCACAUCGACGAAGAUGAACGCCCAGAAAUGCCAUGGUGGAAAGUGAAAAAAUGGGCCUCUCACAUCGUACUGCGGAUGUUCGAGCGAUAUGGCAGCCCGGGUAACGUGGUUUCGAAGGAUUACAACGAUUUCGCCGAAUGGUUUUUGCCGACUUUUACAAGCGGUUUACUGAACGUGCUGCUUAAGGUUCUGGAUCAGUAUCGCAAUAAAAUCUACGUUUCUCCGAGGGUCAUGACGGAUACGCUCAACUAUAUUAAGCAUGCAGUUUCUCAUGCCCAUUCGUGGAAAAUGCUGAAACCGCACUUUAUCGCCAUCAUUCAAGAUGUCAUCUUUCCACUGAUGUCCUACUCGGAAGCCGACGAGGAGCUGUGGGAAGCUGACCCGAUUGAGUACAUCCGACAGAAGUUUGACGUCUUUGACGAUUACACCACGCCCGUUCCGGCUGCUGAAACUCUGCUACAUAACUGUUGCAAAACACGAAAAGGGGUCCUUCCGCAGGUCAUGCAGAUCAUUAUGCAAAUAAUCAAUGCACCGAAUCUGAACGCCAAACAGAAGGAUGGUGCACUGCACAUGGUCGGAUCGUUAGCGGAUGUGCUAUUAAAAAAGAAAGUCUUCAAAGAUCAGGUGGAGAAUCUAAUUAUGCAAUACGUAUUUCCGGAAUUCAACAGCCCUCAUGGACAUUUACGUGCCCGCGCAUGUUGGGUGCUGCACUACUUUAGUGAAAUCAAGUUAAAAAAUCAACAGGUGCUAGCAGAAAUUAUGCGUCUCACUUCGCACGCUCUGCUGAACGACAAAGAACUUCCAGUAAAGGUGGAAGCUGCGGUUGCCUUACAAAUGUUCCUCAUCUCGCAGGAGAACGCACCCAAGUACUUGGAAAACCAGAUCAAAGAAAUCACCAUGGAACUUCUGAAAAUUAUCCGCGAAACAGAGAAUGAAGACCUAACCAACGUCAUGCAGAAAAUUGUUUGCAUCUAUUCCGAUCAGCUUCUCCCGAUUGCCGUUGAUAUUUGCCAACACUUGGCCACCACGUUCAGCCAGGUGCUUGAGGCUGACGAAAAUUCCGACGAACGAGCCAUCACUGCUAUGGGUUUGCUGAACACGAUGGAAACCUUGCUGAGCGUGAUGGAGGAACAUCCUCAAGUUGUGCUUUCCCUGCAUCCGAUUGUGCUGCAAGUCGUUGGCCACGUGUUGCAACAUAAUGUCAACGAAUUCUACGAAGAGGCCUUCUCACUGGUGUACGAUCUGACGUCCAAGGCGAUUUCGCCCGAUAUGUGGAAGUUGCUUGAAAUUAUUUACCAGCUAUUCCAAAAAGACGGCAUUGAUUACUUUGUCGACAUGAUGCCGGCACUCCAUAACUACAUAACUGUCGAUACGCCUGCAUUUUUGUCCAACCAGAACCACGUUUUGGCUAUGUUCAAUAUGUGCAAAACGAUAUUGACAGGCAACACCACCGAAGAAUCUGAAUGUAGUGCAGCCAAACUGUUGGAAGUGAUCAUCCUACAGUGCAAGGGUCAAAUCGAUGAAUGUAUUCCUAGCUUCGUGGAAUUGGUUCUAUCGAGGUUAACGCGCGAAGUCAAGACUUCAGAACUCCGAACGAUGUGCUUACAGGUCGUCAUAGCCGCCCUCUACUACAACCCGCAGCUCCUCCUGCAAGUGUUAGAAAAAAUUCCUCUUCCUACCAAUAAUGAAUCGAUAGCGUCACACUUCAUCAAACAGUGGAUACACGAUUCGGAUUGCUUCCUUGGAAUUCACGAUCGAAAGCUGUGCGUCAUUGGUCUGUGUACGCUAAUAUCGCUUGGCGAGAGUAAACCCCAGGUGCUGAGCGAGCUGGGCGACAAGAUCAUUCCCACGCUGAUAUUGAUUUUCGACGGAUUGAAGCGUGCGUACGCGGCUCGUGCCGCCGAGGAGGAAGAAGAGGAAAGCGAAGAGGAGGAUGACGAUCUGGAAGAUGGCAUCUCCAGUGACGAAGACGAGGUGGAUGAAAUGGGACCGUCCUACUUCGAACGCAUUUCCAAGAUGGCCCAAGACAAAGCGGCCGAACAGGGCUUUGAACUGACCGCAACGAUUAAGGACGGAAACGAUUCGGACGAUGAAGAUGAUGAUGACGACGACGAUGAUUCCGGUGAUGAUAUGGACGAAACAGCUCUCGAAGGAUUCAACACACCGCUGGACGAUGAAGAUGAUCCAGCGUAUGUCGAUGAAUAUAUGGUUUUCCAAGAAGUGAUGACAAAUCUGCCUAACAUAGAUCCAAACUGGUAUAAUAUGCUUACCAGGAAUCUAAAGCCCGAGGACGCCAAAUCACUGCAAGAGAUCCUUGUUCUGGCCGAACAGAAAAAAGCAGCUAAACGUUCCAAGGAGAUUGAAAAUAGUGGAGGAUACCAAUUCACACAACAUCAAAUUCCAAGCUCUUUCAACUUCAGCGGCCAGCAGUAGAGAAGUCCAUCCACAGUAUCACUCUUAGUUUCGGCACUGCAAGGUGAAGGAGAACGAAUAUUUUAAAAGAGAGAGAGGAAAACAAAAACUUGUAUAAAGCAACUUUAGGAAAAACAAAAUUUAUUGAACAAUAGGCUAUCAAUAGUAUCUCGCUAAGAAUAAUGUAUUUUGUCUGAUAAAAAAGAUGAAACCAAUAAACAUAAAAGUAGGACUCAUUUAAACAUGUAAA